AUGCCAGGUUUCGCGGACUCGUUUUGGUCGGCAGACUAUGCCGCAGGGCUGGGCGUCUUGUUUGGCAAGCUCCAGCAGGGCGUGCAGGAGAACCGACAGGUCCUGACCGUUGCCCGCAUGCGCGCCGAGGCCGAGGAGCUCUACGGCCAGAAGCUCGGAGACAUUGCCCCCGCCGCCGACAAGCUGACCGGCGGCUUCGCUCGUGACGAUGGCGCCAGCGUGCGCAAGGCCUACGACGGCGUGCGCACCGAGAUGGAGGAUGCCGCCAAGAACCACAAGAAGAUCGCCCAGAGCAUCAGGGACCUGGUCGUGAACCCGUUCGCGAGGUGGUGCGAUGCGCACGAGACCCGCAUCCAGGAGUCGCAGGACGAGCUGCAGACGCGCAUCAAGGCCCACGACCGCCAGGCCGAGGCUGUCAAGAAGCUGCGCAGCAACUACUUCAACAAGUGCCGCCUGGUCGAGGACAUCGAGGAGGAGAACAAGAUGGCCUUCCAGACGGCCGAGACGAGCCCCAAGCAGCCGCCCAACCCGAACGCCCCCGCCAUCCCCGAGAUCAAGGUCUCCGAGAACAAGGAAGAGGAGGAUGACGAGAUCUACGAGAUUGGCGACGAGACGUACCACACCGAGGCUGUGAAGAAGAUCCUUGAACACAUGCUCAACACCAUCAAGAUGGGAGAGACCAAGGUCCCCAUCCUGGGAACCUACCUCAACACCUCUGCCGGUUCCGAUAUUGUCGAGUAUCUGCAGAGAUAUAUGAACACGACCAGCGUCAGCUAUGCCGAGCGGAUCGGCCAGGAUCUCAUCAUGAACGGAUUCCUCCGUCUGGUCGGCAACGUGGGAAACACAUUUGCCAACAGUUCUCGCAUGUACUACCAAUGGAAGCCCAAGGCUUUCCAAUUAGCUGGCGUGCCUGAGAAGAAGAACCCCAUGUCCAGGACUUUCUCUCUACCCGCAUCGCCCGAGAAUGCCGCGGAUUCUCCUGUCAUUGGCGCUGUGGGCGAGUACCUCCAGGGAUGGGGCCUCAACAACCAAUACCCCAACGAGACGCCCGCAGACCGCCUGCGCCGGGAAGCGAGGGAGACGGACGACAAGUACAAGGCAGGCGUCCGGAAGCUUGACGAGCUGCGCUGCGAGCUGGAAGAGGCUAUCCUUGUACACCUCAAGUUCCUCGAACGUUGCGAGCUGGAUAGGCUAAAGGCCAUCAAGACCGUGGUGCUCGACUUCUCCGGUACCAUCGGCAAUGUCAUUCCUAGCCUUCAGGCCACCGUCGACCGGAUGAUACUGUAUCAGGAGACAGUACAACCUGAGGGAGAUUUGCGAUAUCUGCUGGAGAACUACCGCACUGGCCAGUUUGCCCCGAAGGUUGUCACGUAUGAGAACUACUACAACAAGGUGGACGAGCAAACCUUUGGUGUUGACCUAGAGGCCCGGGCUAGAGCCGACAAGAAGCGCGUGCCUCUCAUUAUCACCAACAUCCUCACCUAUCUUGACAACCACUAUCCCGAUUUGGAGGGUGACGAUGCUAGACGGGGCGUUUGGCUGGUUGAGGUUCCUUUGGCCCAGACUCACAAGCUCCGGGCAAAGAUCAACGACGGCAAGUCAUUUACGCAGGAAACACUGUCCGAAUUCGAUGUUCCCACGGUUGCCAGUGUCCUAAAGCUCUACCUGCUGGAACUGCCUGAUUCUCUCGUCUCGUCUCAUGUAUAUGAAAUCAUCCGCACCAUCUACAACACGCCAGCAACAGACGGGUCAGAGGCCGCACGCGUCAACGUCCUGCAGCAGACCCUGUCCCAAUUACGCCUUACCAACAUUGCCACCCUCGACGCUUGCAUGAACCACUUCACCCGCCUGAUCGACCUGACCUCUGCAGACGAGCAAUAUGUCGUUGCUCUUGCUACCUCCCUGGCACCCUGCAUUCUGCGACCCCGAACUGAGACUUCCCUGACAAUGGAAGAGAAGCAUGCUUACCGGUUAAUUCGUGAUCUCUUUGAGCACAAGGGCCCCAUCUUCUCGGAGCUCAAGCGCAUGUCGACGCUCUCCCACUCGAGCUCCGUAACGUCAAACCGCCCUCGUGCCAUUAGCACCGACGAGAGCAACCGUCGAGCCCAUAUGGAGGAGCGCCAGCGGGCUCUCCUGGAGAAGGCAGGCGCCAACCCCAGGGGCCGCGCCACCAGCCCGGCACCCAGCCCCCGCCACCGCCGCGAUCGCAGUGUAGGCGGCCCCGAGACACGGUUCCCUAUCCAAACCUCGCCAACUGCCACCACCGACCGCCACCGGACCAGCAUGGCCUCCCUCGCGGGCGGCGUGAAGCGCUCGAGUCUGGAGGUCCCUGACAGUGCCGGCUCCGGGGGACCUCCCCCCAAUGAGCUCAAUGGCACCAACGGCGACGUGAAGGCGGAGGCGGAGCCCAUUGUUGAGAAGCGCAACAGCCUCAACCGAAACAGCGCACGGUUCGAGCGCGGGAGGAGGGUCACCCUCACAUCAAAUGCGGCCGCCGCAACCCCUGCGGAACCCAUAGGCGAGGAGGAUAGCACACCUACCGAGUCCCACGGAGUGACGUUGACCGACAAGCCCAUGGAUGACUAG